AUGGGUCAAGACGGCAAAGACCUUGCGGCCGAAUCCGUUGAUCAAAAUAUGGAGUCUAUAUUAUUGGAUAAAUUCCAAGGACAACUUCCUUACAACCUAGGCCCGGCGAAUAUGGCAUGUCAGCAUUGUGGUGCACUACGUUGGCCGCAAGAGAGAACAAAUUACGAGACCGCGCGAAAAAGCAAUGUUUUUUCUAACUGUUGUAAGCAAGGGGACGUCACUAUCCCCUUGGCGUACUUUGAAGGCUCAACGUUACCGGAAGAACUGAUGGGAUUGUACACUGGAAUCGACCCAGAUUCAAUUGACUUUCAUAAGGAUCUUUCUGUCUAUAACAAUCUGGUUUCUUUCGCAUCUCUUGGGUCUCACGUGGACAAUUCCGUCGCAGGCCAAAAAGGGACUUAUUGCUUCCGAGUUCAUCGUCAACUGCAUCAUAACUUAGGCUCAUUGUUACCUCAAGAUCCAAAUAAUCCAUGUUUUGCGCAAAUAUUCAUUGUAGGGGAUGGAGCUGAGGAAGAAGUCAAGAUGCGGCAAAGUCAGGCGACGAAGAAGAAAAAAGACAUCAACAUCAAUCUACUAAAACGUCUUCAAGAUAUUGUGAAUAAGUUUAAUCCUAUCGCUGUUUUCUUGAAGGAUAAUGCAGAAAUUAUCAAUUCGGAUGAUACCACUCAAGUUAUCUUAAAGUCUCUGCCUCCUGGUAAACGCGAGAUGAAAACUUACAAUAAGCCUAGACCAUCAGAUGUAGCGGCUUUGAUAUGA